AUGUCGGAGCACGAUGUUCUGACUCCCAAUAAGGCCAAUAAACGCGCCCUAUCCCCCUCCGCUCACCGUAAAGCUUGUUCCCUCUGCGGAAAUCUAGCUGAUGUGCUCGUCCGUUGCCAAGUUGACUCCUCAGCAAGGUGGCAAUUCGUCUGCCCCAGCCAAUGCUGGAGAGCCGUCUCCGGCGGCGUGAUCGAUGGAGACGAACAUCAUCCAGACUAUAAAUAUGGUGGUAUGUGGAAGAAUAAACACGCUGGAGUCAGCGCGAAGAAGAAAAAGGGCAAGGGCAGGGAAGCAACAGCAAGCAAGCUGACGGAGUGGCAAGUCUCAGAAGAGGAUGAUGGUGCUAUAGCAGAGGAGGUGACAAAGUAUACCAAGAACGAUAAGGUCAAAUGGGACGAGAAGCAAUGGAUCUGUAGGAGAAGCCAUCAAAGUGCUGCAAACAAGCGGCCGGGAGAUGGAUGGAGGUGGUGGAAAGAGAUCGAUUGA